CGCCUCGCGCCCACGACUUGCCAGACCGCGUUUUUUUUUUGUUUUUGUAGUUUUUUUGUUGUUGUUAUUAUUUCCGGUUUUUUUUGUUUUUACUUUGAGGUUCCAGUUCGAGUACUCUUAAGAUCUAUAUUCAAGAAAUGGUUUUCAUUCCAGUAUAUCAGCGCACCUAAGUUUAUCUUCUUGAAUGUCCAUUUGAUACCACAAUGCAGCAAGCACUAGAACUAGCUUUGGAUCGUGCAGAGUAUGUUAUUGAAAGUGCCAGACAGAGACCCCCUAAAAGGAAAUACCUAUCUGGUGGAAGAAAAUCUGUGUUUCAAAAACUUUAUGAUUUAUAUAUUGAAGAAUGUGAAAAAGAACCUGAGGUUAAGCAGAAGUUACGAAGAAAUGUGAAUUUGCUAGAGAAGCUUGUGAUGCAGGAGACAUUGUCAUGUUUAGUGGUCAAUUUAUACCCAGGAAAUGAGGGAUAUUCGCUAAUGCUCAGGGGAAAAAAUGGAUCAGAUUCUGAGACCAUUCGACUGCCUUAUGAAGAAGGGGAAUUGCUUGAAUACUUAGAUGCAGAAGAAUUACCUCCUAUUUUGGUUGAUCUUCUAGAAAAAUCUCAGGUUAAUAUUUUUCAUUGUGGCUGUGUUAUAGCAGAAAUACGUGACUAUAGACAGUCUAGUAAUAUGAAAUCUCCUGGUUACCAGAGUAGACACAUCCUCUUACGUCCAACAAUGCAGACUUUAAUCUGUGAUGUGCAUUCAAUAACAAGUGAUAACCAUAAAUGGACCCAGGAGGACAAACUUUUGCUUGAGAGCCAACUGAUAUUAGCUACAGCUGAACCAUUGUGUCUUGAUCCUUCUAUAGCAGUAGCCUGCACUGCAAACAGGCUACUGUAUAACAAGCAAAAGAUGAACACACGCCCAAUGAAAAGGUGUUUCAAGAGGUAUUCCAGGUCCUCUCUGAACCGGCAGCAGGAUCUCUCACAUUGUCCACCUCCUCCUCAGCUGAAAUUACUCGACUUCUUACAAAAAAGAAAGGAAAGAAAGGCAGGUCAGCAUUACGACCUGAAAAUUUCUAAGGCAGGAAAUUGUGUGGAUAUGUGGAAACAGAGUCCCUGUAAUUUGGCUGUUCCUUCUGAAGUGGAUGUAGAGAAAUAUGCUAAGGUGGAAAAGUCCAUUAAAUCUGAUGAUUCACAGCCAACAGUUUGGCCUGCCCAUGAUGUUAAAGAUGAUUAUGUAUUUGAAUGUGAAGCUGGUAAUCAGUAUCAGAAAACAAAGCUAACCAUUUUGCAGUCGCUUGGUGACCCACUUUACUAUGGUAAAAUACAGCCAUGUAAAGAUGAUGAAGAAAGUGACAGCCAAAUGUCUCCAUCCCACUCUUCCACAGAUGAUCAUUCAAAUUGGUUUGUUAUUGGAUCAAAGACUGAUGCUGAAAGGGUAGUUAGUCAAUACCAAGAAUUGGUUCAGAAUGAGGCAAAAUGUCCAGUAAAGAUGUCACAUAGCUCCAGUGGCUCUACCAGCCUCAGUCAACUUUCCCCAGGAAAAGAAACAGAACAGCCUGAGACGGUGUCAGUUCAGUCUUCAGUAUUGGGGAAGGGAGUGAAACAUCGACCUCCACCAAUCAAGCUACCCUCAAGCUCAGGAAAUAGUUCUACAGGUAACUAUUUUACACCACAACAGGUCAGCAGCUUUCUUAAAUCUCCAACUCCUCCUCCUGCUUCUAAGCCACCAAGUCUUUCUCGGAAGUCCUCUGUGGAUCUCAGUCAAGUUAACAUGCUCUCUCCAGCUGCCUUGUCACCUGCCAGUUCAUCACAAAGAUCUGGAACUCCUAAGCCAUCUACUCCUACACCAACCCCUUCAUCGAUCCCACACCCUCCUGAUGCUCAGAGCUCAACUCCUAUUACCCCUUCAACCACCCCUACUCCCCAAGAUUCAGGCUUCACCCCUCAGCCCACUUUGUUAACUCAGUUUGCUCAGCAGCAAAGGUCUCUGAGCCAGGCAAUGCCUGUAACAACCAUUCCUCUUUCCACCAUGGUAACAUCUAUAACUACAGGAACCACGGCCACCCAGGUCAUGGCAAACUCUGCUGGACUUAACUUCAUCAAUGUAGUGGGCUCUGUUUGUGGAGCUCAGGCUUUGAUGAGUGGUUCAAAUCCUAUGUUGGGCUGUAACACUGGUGCCAUAACUCCUGCAGGAAUAAACUUGAGUGGCCUUCUACCCUCAGGAGGCCUGCUACCAAAUGCAUUGCCUAAUGCAAUGCAAGCAGCUUCUCAAGCAGGUGUUCCAUUUGGUCUAAAAAAUACUUCAAGUCUCAGGCCCUUAAAUCUACUGCAGCUUCCAGGUGGCUCGCUGAUUUUUAACACUCUGCAACAACAGCAACAGCAGCUUGCUCAGUUCACACCUCAACAACCUCAGCAACCCACAACUUCUAGCCCUCAACAGCCAGCGGAGCAGGUGUCUGAACAAGGUUCAACAAGUCAAGAACAGGCCUUAUCUGCUCAGCAUGCUGCUGUUAUUAAUCUUGCUGGAGUAGGAAACUUCAUGCAGUCACAGGCAGCUGUGUUGUCUCAGCUUGGCUCUGCCGAGAACAGACCUGAGCAAAGCCUUCCUCAGCAGAGAUUCCAGCUCUCCUCUGCCUUUCAACAGCAGCAGCAACAGAUACAACAGUUGCGAUUCUUGCAGCAUCAAAUGGCUAUGGCGGCGGCAGCGGCACAAACAGCUCAGCUUCAUCGUCACCAGCAUACGGGCAGCCAGUCAAAAAGUAAAAUGAAGAGAAGCACACCGACCACUCCAAAAUUCUGAGUCUUGUAUUUUUUCCUUUUUUAAAUGCAUACACGCAUCGGAUCAAAAGAGUUUGAGUUCCUAUUUCGUUUUUGUUGUUUUUUAACGUGUCAGUAUUUUGCAUUGCUAGGUGUAUAGACUUUAUACAGAGGCACAACCCUAUGAUUUUUAAAAAUGGGAAAGAUUUAGCAAGCACUAGGGUUGGUUUGCUUAAGUCAUUGCUUUAUAAAAAUGUUUCGCUGUACAUAACACAUGGAAGUGAAAUACUAGAAACAUCUUUCAAAAGAAUGUAGUUUGAUAUUUAUUUAGUAUAAAAGGUUUGUGCACAGUGUAACAAAUACAGUUUUUACAAAUUUGUUUUGAAAA